AUGAUGCAAGCCUUCGAAUGGCACGUCCCGAAUGACAAGGGACACUGGCGCCGUCUUGAACAAGCUCUGCCCGAUUUGAAGGCCAUCGGAGUCGACAACAUAUGGAUCCCGCCGGGCUGUAAACCGAUGAAUCCCGCAGGCAACGGAUACGACAUCUAUGACCUCUACGAUAUCGGGGAGUUCGACCAAAAAGGCUCGCGGGCGACCAAAUGGGGUACGAAGGAAGAACUCCAGUCGCUGUUGGCUUGCGCCCAGGAACUCCAUAUCGGGGUGUAUUGGGAUGCUGUGCUCAAUCACAAGGCCGGUGCAGACUAUACGGAACAGUUCGCCGCUGCGAGAGUGGACCCACGAAAUCGAGACGUCGAGAUCGCACAGCCGGAUCUGGUUGAAGGCUGGACCGGGUUCGAGUUCCCAGGCCGUUCGGAGACGUAUAGCUCCAUGAAAUAUUCGUGGCAUCACUUCAGUGGUGUAGACUGGGACCAAAUGCACAGGCGAAACGGGAUCUACAAGAUCCUUGGGCCUAAUAAAGGGUGGGCCGACGAUGUCAGUAAGGAACUCGGUAACUAUGACUUUCUCAUGUUUGCCGACUUGGAUUAUGCCGAUCCGGAAGUCCAAGAUGAUGUUCUCAACUGGGCUACAUGGAUUGCCUCUCAGUUGCCUCUCAGUGGCAUGAGGCUCGACGCUGCUAAGCACUACUCCUCGGGUUUCCAGACGAUAUUGGUUGAUCACCUUCGGGCGACCUUUGGACCUCUUUUUUUCGUGGUGGCGGAGUAUUGGAAGGGCGAGGUUGAGCCGUUGCUGGAAUACCUAGAACAGACAGAAUAUAAAACGUCGUUGUUUGAUGCGCCGUUGGUUGAGCGCUUCUCAAGUACGUCUUUGACGAGAAAGGCUGACCUUCGUGACAUCUUCGAUGGUACUUUGGUUGAAUGUCAACCGUCGCACGCAGUUCUAAUCACCUCGCAGCAACCAGGGCAGUCCCUAGAGGCACCAAUCGCAUCGUUCUUCAAACCCUUAGCAUAUUCCCUGAUCUUAUUACGGGAUACAGGACUACCGUGUCUCUUUUAUGGGGAUCUCUAUGGCAUUGGCAAGGACGUCGACGACCCAAUGACCCCAUCCUGUGGAGGCCGACUCCCGAUCCUGGCUAAAGCCCGAAAGUUGUAUGCAUACGGGGAGCAGCAAGACUACUUUGACCAGCCUAAUUGCAUUGGGUUCGUUCGAUACGGUAACUUAUAUCACCCGGACGGACUUGCCUGUGUCAUGAGCAAUUCCGGUUCCUCCAAAAAACGCAUGUAUGUUGGUCGGCGCCAUGCGCGUGAAAAAUGGACCGAUAUAUUGGGAUGGCACACGAAGGUCGUCACCAUUGAUAAACACGGCUACGGCGUUUUCCCUGUAUCUUCGAUGAGUGUCGGAGUCUGGGUGAACUCGCUGGCAAAGGGACGGGAUGGGUUAGAAGCGAAGUUUGAUGAAAAGAUCUAUGGUCGUUGA